AUGAGUGGUCCAGAAGAUGCCACUGAUGGGGGGAAAUGGGGUACUCUAUGGCAGAGUGGUCAAGACUUGGCGGCGGCCUUGCAGAGGCACUCACAGGACGUUGCUGCCAAAAUACAGGUCCAGGCUCAUGACCUAGCCAAUCAAGUGUCCUCUGUGGAAUGGGGGGAUAAAGUGACCACAGCUGUCCAACAGGCCGCUGAGACUCUCCAUCGCGCAACAGCAGCCGUCGACUCACCCACCGAGAAGGCUAUCAGAAGGAACUCUGUUAUACAGCUGGCUGAUCGGGUAUUCAUAAUACCAUUCCCUGAGAAAAAUAGGGCCGCCUCAAUUGCCGCGGCCCUUCCUGGCAAUUGCAAGAUUUUCAACAUGUCUGAACGGAGAUACGAUCCCUCAGAGGUGUUCCCAACGAUGUCAGUAGUAGUGGAGGACAUUACAUUCCCUGGCCUACCCUACCCACCUCUUAUCGAAACAGCUCAGAUCUGUCUUCAAAUAGAGGAGUGGCUUAGUGCAGAUCAAACGCGAUGUGUUGCGUUACACUGCAUACCUAGUGGCCUACCUACUCGUACGGCUGUAGUAUCGGCGUGCUUACUCUUCUGGUUAUUCCCUGCCGACUACAGCCACCCUCUGGAAGCAGUACCCAGAGUAUGCAAGGCUCUACGGUUGAAGGAGGAGGACCUAUUGCCGAACACCACUCCUCUGGCCAACUCCUCAUCCAAGGUCGGAUGGCGGCCUUAUCUAGACCUAUGGCAGCAGGGACGGAAAUUGUAUUCAAGCUGGGAACCUGUAGGGGACCAUUCAGCGCCAGCUAAGAGGUCAAGAGUAGACGAGCCCGUACUCACCUUUACCAUACCUAAUGGGGGUAUACCUGUUAGUGAGGAUGUCAUUCUUAGGCUGCGGACCUACCCUGGGCCCCAUACAGUGUUCCGUGUCCCUCUCCCAUGCCCAGGGGUACUCUAUCACGACCAGGCUACGCGUAUAUCACUUACUAGGGCCGACUUGGAUAGCGGUGUUUUGUCGGAAUUCGUGGAUAACGUGGAAGUGCUCCUCUCCUUUGAUGAGGACAUCACGAAGGGUGGUGGCAGUACGAGCAGAUCCGGUCACGAGAAGGAGAAGGAAUCAUUGGGGGACUCUCACAGGAGCCAGGGGGAGGCUGUUGUUAGUGACGGGGAGAUCAGUGCUGAGGUCACUUCAGCUGUCGAGCCUCGAGUAGCCGAGACCGAGCAGCCCCCUGCCGACUCGGAGGGCGGUACUGAGGCUGGUGUUGGCAGCUCUCAUGAGGGGGAGAUGACCAUACCGCUCGAGUCGCCAGUUGAUGAUGCAGAUCUUGGUCUGGAGGAUCUGUACGGUUUAACAGAAGUGGAUUAUACGUCAUGGGAUGUCCCAGAUGGCAACUCGCCUGAGCACGGGUUGUGA